CUCCUUGUGAAAUAAUUCAUGAUAUUUUGAUUCAUGUGGUCAAACAAAAUGUUAAUAAAAGUUGUAAACUUGGAUAUUUAAAUAGUCUUGUCAGAUAUUGCAAUAAAAUUGGACCUGAUCAAGAACUUGGAUUUUCAAAAGAAGAAUUGUUUUGUUGUUUAAGAGUAGCUCUUCUUCACGAAACAUGCGAAGUUCGUGCUGCAGGUCUUCGAGCAUUAAGGUAUCUCUUGAGAGAUAGAGAUUCCGUUGAAGCGUUUUGUCGAGUUCAGAUGCCUCUUCUUAUUGCUAGAUCUUUGGAUAUAGUGCUUGAUAACCGUAUCGAACGUGUUCAAGCAUUACGUCUAGUCAGAAAAUUACUUUGUAUAGAUCCUCAGCAGUUUCCUCGUGCCUUGACUAAUUGUUUAGUAGCAAUUGCUAAUGAUGGAGUUCAAGAAAGAGAUAUUCUUGUCAAAGCUUGUUUGGCUGCCCUAAGUGAACUAGCAUUAUUGAAUCCUGAAUCGUGUGCUAAUUCAGGUGGACUAAGUGCAAUUUUGAGGAAUGUUUUAGAUAAUCAGCAGCCACAAAUUGAUGAAGCUUUAAUAGGUGUUGUAUUAUUUCUUCUAAAUGAUCCGAAAACUAGGCAUUUAUUAGGAAGUUCUAUAACACUUGAGCAAAUCUUAGCACCAUUCACAGAUUGUCACUUCAAAUUUUCAGCUGACAUAUCAGAUCAUUUCAUCAGUGAUGAUAAAGAAGCUCGUUUCGCUUGCAGCAAAUUAGCAAUCAUUUCCAUUUUAAGAUCAUGGCCUGGAUUAAUUUAUCUAUGCAGGCCUGAUCAUGCUGGUUUGCAGUCACUCAUAGAUAUGCUCUAUUUACCAUAUAAUGAUAUAAGGAAAAACAUUAUGGAUAUAUUAUAUGAAGUCUUUUGUUUGCCAAUUCCUGAAUGGACUGAUGACUUUUCUACAGCAGUUCUUUCUUCAGAUCCUUCAACUAUGAGAGAUUCCUGGCAUAUUUAUGAAGGUUUCGUAGCAUCUGAAGGAAAUAGUAUUUUAUCUCCCGUAAUUAAAUACAGGACAAACCUAGUUGAAAACUAUUUUGCAUUACUUCUACUCACCUUUGUUCAGACAGGAUUACUAGAGGCCUUAGUAGAUGUUGUAACUGCUGAUGAUAAUUUUAUAUCUGUAAGGGCUGUUAUUUUACUUGGUGAAUUACUACAUAUGGCCAAUCAACUUUUACCAUCUGAAUGUAGUCAUCAUUGUAAUUGUCUUCCUACUUUAAUAUCAAUGGCUACUUCCUUUGAAUCUUCACCUCACCGAAGAAAUCAGGCCAGUACUGCUAUAUCUUACUUGAAUCAAAUUCAUGUGCUGAAGAAACGAGAUGUGGUACCUUGUAGUCUUUUCUUAGAUCAAUUGUUACAUUUCUGUAAUCCUAUUAGGAAAAAAGACAAGCAUUUUGGUGAUACUAUUAGUCGUACAAAAUUAUGGCAUUAUCUUCGAAAAGAUGCUGAUGACAUGAUUUCUCAAGCAAUCAAAGAUAGUCAAGUUACAAUUAGAGAUUAUACUGAUUGGGAUUGGGAAUUAAUUGGUAGCCUUUUGAAGAAUUUAAAAUAUUUGCAUCUUUCAAAGUUAUGGAAUCUUCAUUUAGCUCUUUACUUGGAAAUGCUUUUAUAUGAUCUUGUUGGUAUUACUAGCCAUGAUUUGUACAUAAAACUUGUAGUUUCCUCAUUGGAUUACACAAAAGAUGGGUUUUCUAGAAAAAUAUUAACAAAAGUGCUAACAUCAACUAAUGAGAAUGCUAGACUUUAUGCCACAAAUUAUUUAAGAGUCUUAAUGAGAGCCAGAAUUAUUGAUUUUCAUAAAUGGGCAAUUGAAUUACUUAUAACUCAGUUAUAUGAUCCUUGCCGUGCUGUUUCGCUUGCUGCUGCAGAUAUUUUAGAUGAAGCUUGUGAUGUGCAAGAAAAUUUAGAAGCACUGAUUUCUCUUCGACCUCCUCUUCUACAUUAUGGUGAUAAGGGAUUACUUCUUCUAUUGAGAUUUCUUUCAGUUUCGGGUGGAUUUCGUUUUUUAAGAGAUGCUAAUUUUCUUAAUCAUGAAUUACACAAAUGGCACAAUACAUACAAUUUAAAAUAUGUGAAAAUUGUUGAAGAAUAUUUAAAUGAAGCAUUAACUUGUCAUCACAAAGGUGAAGAUGGUACUUAUGGUCGUCGAAGCAGCAAUGUUAGACGUGAAAUCUGUACUGCGUUCAUACCACCACAUAUGUAUGGCCAGCUUGUAAGGCAUAAGGAGGGCCUUGAGUUACUACUAAAUGAAGAUUGCCUUAGUCCAUUGUAUGAUAUCAUCAAAACUGCUAAUUAUGUUUCAGAAAGUAACAUUCUUCAUUUAAAAGCAGCUCUGUGGGCAAUUGGGCAUGUUGGAAUGUCUUCCAUUGCACUUCCUACAAUUCUAGAAGCAAAUGUUGUUCCACAAAUCAUAAAAUUAGCACAAGAAGCUUCAGUUUUCUCUAUAAGAGGAACUUGUUUUUAUGUUUUGGGUCUGUUGUCAUCUACUCCAGAAGGUGCAGACUUAUUAAUGCAGUAUGGAUGGGAAACAGUACGCCGCGCCCAUGAUGAUAAGUGGCCAAUUGUAUUAAACACUACAACUUUGGAUGAAUUUCCUCAAGAUGAUUGUAGAUCAUAUACUUGGUCUGUCAGUAGUGGUGAUAGUGAAUGGUUAGAAUGUCUUUCUUCCAGUUUUUCAUUUGUUGUUAAAUCUGAAAAUGAAACUCUGUCCCAGUUUCAAAGUUUGCCAAGUUCUUACAGUUUAGAUUUAGAUGAUAGCGUAAUACCUAUUAAUAGGCACUCUGUUAAAUGGAACAAGGAUUAUGGAGAAGGUGGCAUGCUUCCAAGUGUACAAACUUUGCCAUUUAUAAAUAAUCAUCAGCCUUGCCAAACCAGGCCACGAUCAUCAUCAGAUUGCAGAUCAAACACUAAUCCUCUUUACAAACUGGAAUGUGAUAGUCUGGACAAAGAAAAAUCAUUGUCCAGACCUGAAGUUGUGUGGAAAAUUGGUUCAAAUGAUGUUAUCAAAGAUAGGUCUAGUUCUUUUGGUGGAACUCAAGAUGCAACAAAUGAAAAUUCAGUCAAGGAAAGAAGCAUAAGUGAUCUAGAAGUGUCUAAUAAGAAAGAAACUAUUCCUCAAUACUCUUUAGGUACGAAAGGGUUACGAAGUAGCAGUAACGAAAGUUCUCAUACAAGUAAAAGUCGAUCAGGAAGUUCUACAGAUUCUACAACAAGUGGUAUAAGUUCAUGUGAUUCAGCUGCACCUAGGUUAUAUCAUUCUGAUCAUGCACAAACAUUGUCUCCUAUUGCUAGUUCUACAUCACUCAAUACCAUGUCUAACAGAUCAACAUCAUGUCUAGAUCAUAUACAUGGAUCCAUGAUUAUGAAACAGUCCUAUGUGAAUAGAUCCAUGUCAUAUAUUUACAAUCCAAGUUCACCUGAUGGUACAUCCUGUGCUUUUAGUUUCACAAGUGCUAGAGAUGCUUUAGGCUAUGUUACUUUAAAAGAUAUUCAACGUAAGCGUAUUCAGUCAAUGUCAUUUGAUGAAGAAAAAUCAAAUUGGUUGGAAAAGAGAAAUUUAAAAUCUCAAAGUUUAGAACCAAAUCUUUUAAACUGUCAAGAAUUAGGAUUCGACUGCUUGGAUCUGACAGAGAAUAUCGUGUCCUGUAAACCGUCUGCAUCAAGCCAGUCUUCCACUCUAUCCAGCAGUGUGGGAAAGUCAUCUGAAGUAUCUUCAGAAGUGUUAUACAUUGGCCUGAGUUUGCCUGUAGAUUACAGAAUGAUAUUAUCAUUACAUGAAUGUCAAGAAUGUGGCACAUGUGCGUCAGACACUCAGAAUGAUGAAAGAGAGACCCUUAAUAUUUGGAAGAUGCCUGAAAAUCAAUCUUCAAACAAUGGUCUUGUUUUACAUUCUACAAAUAACUGCUUGGUCUGCAAGAAGUGGUACACACUGAAAAAAGUUGAAUUAGCUGAUGUUACCACUGAUGAAACAGAUGAAGAUAAUUUUCUAGAAAAUCGUGAAUUAUCUAGUCCUUGUGAAAGUAAAAUAGAAAAUGAGGUACUUCCAUUAAAAUGUAAUGAUGAUGUAAAGACAAUGAAUGUUUCUGUCAGCAGUUUAACAAGUCCUAGUAGUACAGAAACAAAAAAUUAUGUACUAAAUGAAGAGUCAUCCUUCAACACAUCAAUGAUUUAUAAGGAAAUUAUGCGUUUUGUUACUAACAUGAGCAGUUCUAUUGCUCUCAAGUCAUCAGAGCAAGGACUUCUUAACUUGAAGCAAAAAUUUCCGAAAAUUUUUCAAGACAUUUGUUUAUAUACUGAAAUCAGUUUGUAUUUAGCCAAUUACAGCUUUAGGCUUGGUGCUCGCAGAUUUCUACAAGAGUUAUUUUGGGAUGCCAGUUUUCAUGAGAUAUAUACGGAUGCAGAAGCUCUUUUAGAAACGAUUCCAAAAACAGUAUCGCUUCCAACAGUCGAAAGUUCGGAAACUUAAGUGAUACUUUGGUCAUAGUCCUAGUAUUAGCAUGCCAAAAAACAAAUUUAAUCAUACAAUUAAGUAAUUUUUCAAAACUCAGUCUCCCAAAAUGUUAUACAAAGGAAGUGUAAAGAAAACAAUCAUAUUUCUGUACAGUAGAAUAAUAUAUUUUAUAAGAGAGAAUAAUAAUCUGUUGCCCUUAUCCUUCCUUUGUUAAAUGGAAUGUUUUUAUUUAUUGCCCUGAAAACUUUUUCAAAAUUAAAUAACAUAAACAUUAUCAAUAAUACAUUCCAAUUUUAAAAAUUGCAGAAUAUGCAGCAGACGACUGACAAUUAUAAUAUUUGUAAUAAUGUGAUUGUAGUUUCAUAAAAAAAAUUUUUUGUAGAUAGAAAAGAAAAUUGAACAUCAUAUGUGUGAUCAGAGUAAUCAAGUUUUGGAGAGCAGCUGAAAUUAAAUUUUGCAGAUAAAUUUUAAAGUGAUAAUGUCAGUUAAAUUAUGCAGAUAAAUUAGUCAUAUAAUAUCAUUCCUACUGUAUAAAAAAACUUGUGUACAAAUUGUACAUAUGAUCAAAAUAAAUUUGUAAUUAUUGUUUGGA